CCCCCCUUUCUUGUUUUUUGCUCUAUAUCAUACAAGAUUACCAUAAAAAUACAAUCUUUAAGGUUUUACAUACCUUUAGAUCUACGUUUAGUAUACCCCCAAGAAUCAAGAUUGUUUUUAUUUUUUCAUUUUUCACAAAUCUCGAGGCAAUUUUUUUUUUUUGGGUCCAAUGGUAAUAAAGAAUCUUAAUUCGGAUUCCAUGGGUGUUGUUUGAACUUUCUUGGGGCAAAAAAGGUGGAGUCUUGGGGGUUAAAAGUCAGAAUCCUAUGCAAAAAAAAAAAUUGUAUUUUGGUUGUAAGGUGUUUUGUUCAAUUCUUGAAUAAGGAAAAGGAUUAGUGUGUAGUGUUGAACAGUUUUUGCUUUUUGUGAAAAUUGUAAAAUACCCUUUUGGUUCUUUUUAUAUAUAUAGCAUUCACCCAAAAGGGUGUUUUUUUUUUUUUUACUAUAGCAUGCUUGUGUUGAGGGAGCAGAGAAGGAGGAAAAUAUGCAGAGUGCUAUGAAGAAAAGGGUAACUACUAAUUCUAGUAGUAAUGGAAAUAGUGCUGAAGCUGCUAAACCUAAAGAAAGACAUAUUGUUUCUUGGUCUCAAGAGGAGGAUGAUAUACUAAGAGAACAAAUUCGAAUCCAUGGAACAGACAAUUGGACGAUCAUCGCAUCGAAGUUCAAGGAUAAAACAACAAGGCAAUGUAGAAGAAGAUGGUUCACUUAUUUGAACUCUGAUUUCAAGAAAGGAGGGUGGUCACCUGAAGAAGAUAUGCUUUUAUGUGAGGCUCAAAAGAUUUUUGGUAAUAGAUGGACUGAAAUUGCCAAGGUGGUCUCAGGCAGGACGGAUAAUGCUGUGAAGAAUCGGUUCACUACACUCUGCAAAAAGAGAGCAAAGCAUGAAGCUUUGGCUAAAGAAAACAGCAAUUCAUUCAUUAACCUGAAUAACAAGAGGGUUAUAUUUCCAGAUGGUAUCAAUGUUGACAACAUAGCUGAAGCUGCUGCUCCUAUUAAAAAGCUGAGGCGGAGCGACAUUUCAGAUGUCCUUCAAAUUGGUAACAGCAGAGAAAAAUCUGAUGGUGAUUGUGGAACCACUGCACAUCCAUUACUAAGACAUCCAUUUGCAGUACUAGCUCAAAACCUGCAUAACGCUGGGGAAGGUUUGGUAUCUCAUCAGACGACAACUGAAAAUGCAGCUAGUGACAACAAAACCCAAGGAACAUUCCUUAAACAAGAUGAUCCAAAGAAACAGGCUUUGAUGCAACAAGCAGAGCUGCUAAGCUCACUGGCAAUGAAAGUUAAUACAGAAAAUACAGAUCAAAGCCUUGAAAGUGCUUGGAAGAUACUCCAAGAUUUUCUUCAACAAACAAAGGAUGGUGAUACACUCAAGUUCCAGCUCCCUGAGAUGAAUUUUGAACCUGAUGAUUAUAAGAACCUGAUAGCAGAUUCAAGAAGCAGUAAUGAAGGCAGUCGACCAUCUUGGAGGCAACCUGCUUUAUCUGAAGAUUCUGCUGGCAGCUCUGAGUAUAGUACGGGAUCAACUCUGCUAUGCCAUGCACUGGCUGAUAAAACAGAAGAAAGUCAAGCUGAGGUGUGUGCACAGCAUCAGGAUAUUGAAUCUGAAUUACGAACUUCUCAGAUGAGUGAUCAAGCUGGGCUUCAUGAAUUAGAAAAUGGAACCUCCUGCCAUAUAUCAACCACUCGAGAUACUUUGCCAGUUUGUGAUGAAGAAAAAGCGAAUAAUGGACCAGCUACAGCUGAAUGUGAAUUUCUGAAUACAGAUUUCAGUUCUCCUCUUCAAGUUACUCCACUGUUCAGAUCUUUAGCUGCAGAAAUUCCCACUCCAAAGUUUUCAGAAAGUGAGAGGCAGUUCCUAUGGAAAACACUUGGAGUGGAGUCCACAUCCAUGCAUCCAGGCACAAAUCUUUCACAACCUCCAUCGUGCAAACGAGCCCUCCUCAACAGUCUAUAACCAACUUUACUGAUCAAACCUUACAAAGAUUCUGCAGGGAGCAGUAUCACCAUAACUUUGAUCAACAGUUCUUAUAUGUAGUUUACUCAAUUUUUGGAGUUCUUUUUGUUUGGAUUGCAGUCUCUAUGACCUAUGUUUUUUUCAAGAGGCCUUGGAAGAUCUGGUCUGCACACUAGAAUGCAACGGAGGCAUUCUAGCUUUUUCUCUGGAGAUCUGACAGAUGAUCUGCAUCCUUUUUUGGAGUUUCCAACCUUAUACUCACCAGUAUCUAGUGUGUUUUUUUAAUUGUUUCUCAUUCUUUGGUGUGUUGUUAUGGAACUCAAAUGGGGGUAUUUGAUGUUCCAUAAGUUUUCGGCUUUUAAUUAGCCAGUUGUACAGAACAAACAUUGUACUUACAAAUUGGCACCUCGCCAAAGUUCAUAGAGAAUAUUGAUAAGACAGAAAAAAAGAGAAAAGAAAUCAUAGGGAGAGGUAGGAGGAUCAACAAGUCAGAAUUGGCCUCCUACCUAAGUUUCUUUUCAUAUAUUUUGUGUGUAGAUGUUAUAUAAUAAGUCUCUAGGCUGUUCAGAGCUUUUCUCUUUGCCUGAUCUACAUGUAAUGUAAAGCAUACUUUAUUUGAUUUGAGAAUGCAAUAUGGUUCGUGUGUGCGUA